AUGGAGACCGCAACUUGUCCAUUUGGUGCUUUCGGGGACAAACUAGGACAAUUGUCGGAAGAAGUCGUGGAAAAGACGAAGGAGUUGAAUGUUUUUGGCAAGUUUGAUGAAGCUAGAAAGAAAAAGAAAGGUAUGCUUUAUGUUAUUCUCAAUUUUCUAUUCAUUUUCAUAAGUAUAUUUUGUUUCCUGACUUAUUACAUUAAUAUUGCAUUUUGGUUAGGAAAAUAAGCAAUGUGUUGUGAAUAAUAUACUAAGUAAAAAUAAGUUGUGAAUAAUGAUAUGUUAUGAUUUUAGCUGCAUUAUGUGGCGAAAAAGUUCGUAUGAAUGCCAGAAUGUCGACCAGAACGUACGGGCUGAAAGACGGUGAUGUUAUUGAUAAAGGACCUUUGUUUGAGGUGGUAGAAACUCGAAAAGAACGUAAAAUCAGAGUGGAAACUGACGCAACGAUGGAGAAGAUCUAUCCAAUACAGUAAGUUUAUCUUUCUUUUGGUUUGGUUGUCGUUUAGAUGAAAUGCCUUUAUCUGUUUACCAACUUCGAUAAGAUUGAUUUAUCAUUAACUUUAAGUUUUUCAUUCCAGAAGCUUUGCCGAAGCCGGGUUCUACUACAACAUCACGACGAAUGCCAUGAGCCAUGGUUAUCGUAAGCCGACUGCUAUUCAAUCAUACGCAAUACCGUAUUUAUUAAAAUCUAGGCGUGACAUUCUGGCCAGAGCGGAUACUGGCAGUGGAAAAACAGCUGCUUUCCUAUUGCCGGCUUUGGAUUUGGUUAGAAAGUGGAAGUUGGAUACUGGAGAAAGUAAGAACAUAAACACGGACAGUCCAUAUAUUUUAAUACUUGCUCCAGCACGCGAAUUGGCUCUUCAGGUAUAUCGUGAUGCAUUGGCUUUCUGCAGAGGUAUGUUGGGAUUGGUUAAAUGAAUAAAACGUAUAUUUUUAUACAGCCGUUGUCAAAAAAUAGUGAACUUUUUUAUUUUCUACAUAACUUUUGUCGUAGUUAUCCGAUUCUUAUGAAACAAAGUUUGUUUUGGUAGCUGCUGAACCUACUAUUAUAACCAAAUGACAAAUUACUUAAAAUAUGUCAUCGUGACUCAAUAUAUAGAUACAAAAAAUUAAGGGUGGACAAAAAAUAGUGAACUUUUCUGAAUCCUAUCCCAAACAUCAUUAAAAAGGUAAGAUUUAAGUAGUUGUUGUCAUUAAAUAUUGUUUUAGUUAAGAAUGAAUGGAAAAUAAUUAAAAUCGUUAAGUUUAAAAGUCAAGAAGGUGAUCUUUCAACGCAUCGAACAAGGCGACCUCAUGUACAACAUCGCAGAAGAUUUUUCAAUAAAUAAGGCUAUUGUUUCGCCUUAAAUGCUCCCAAAUGUGUUCUAUCGGGUUAAGAUGUAGAGUUUGUGAAUGCCAAAGCAAAAUACGAACUUUUAGUCUACUGAACAUAGAAUUUGCCUGUUGUGGUAUGUGCCUUGGGUCAUUGUCUUGUUGAAAAAAAUCCACCCCUUGGAAUUUUUACCUUAGUAAACGGAUGCAUAUGCUUCUCAAUACUGUCAGCGUAAGUUUUAUUAUCCAUCCACCCGUCAACCAGGACUAACGGACCAACUUGAGAUGAGGUAAAGAAACCCGACACCAUGAUACUGCUACCUUGAUGUUUCAUGGUUAUUACCUGGUGCUUUAGGACAAAUCUUGUUACUUUUUUUUGCCUUGCACACACUCCACCUUUAUUAUAUCCAAAUAUAUAUAUCCAAAUAAACCAAACUUGCUUUUGUCGGUCCACAACACUUUAUUCCGCACCUUCUCAGUCCACUUCUUAUUUUCACCUACCCAUUUCAAUCGGAUCGUCUGGUUCUUCUUCCUGAGCAACGGUUUUUUUGCUGGACCACGUCCAUUGAGUUUGAUUUCGAUUAGUCUUCUUCAGUCCGAUCAGUUACUUUAAAAUCGUAGAACUGCACCAUUUCAACGUUUAUUCUGGGUACAGCCUUCAUCGGGUCUUUUCGAGACAACUUUGCAAUCACCUUACCCUGAUAUUUUGUCGAUUUUCUUGUUCUUCCGUUGUUUAAAAAGCCUUAUGGAUGUUGUUCUUCUUAUAACGCUUCCAAAUUAAAAAAAAUGUAAUUUUGUUUAUCGAAAAAUCUUCUGCGAUGUUGUACAUGAGGUCGCCUUGUUCGAUGCGUUGAAAGAUCACCUUCUUGACUUUUAAACUUAACGAUUUUAAUUAUUUUCCAUUCAUUCUUAACUAAAACAAUAUUUAAUGACAACAACUACUUAAAUCUUACCUUUUUAAUGAUGUUUGGGAUAGGAUUCAGAAAAGUUCACUAUUUUUUGUCCACCCUUAAUUUUUUGUUUCUAUAUAUUGAGUCACGAUGACACAUUUUAAGUAAUUUGUCAUUUGGUUAUGAUAGUAGGUUCAGCAGCUACCAAAACAAACUUUGUUUCAUAAGAAUCGGAUAACUACGACAAAAGUUAUGUAGAAAAUAAAAAAGUUCACUAUUUUUUGACAACGGCUGUAGGUGUAAUGGUUACAGUAGUAUAAAUGGCGGUUUUGUAUAUCAUAUAGCUCAAAUUUUUGAUUAAAUUAGUGUAUUUCAACUUGAUUUAAGUGUUUAUUCGAGCUAAAAUAGAUAUGGUAAGAAAACUAUGGUAAUAUCACUUUUUUAGGUACUGGAUUGAGGAUCUGCUUGGCUAUAGGAGAAGUCCACAUGUUGGACAGUUUGAGGAUGAUACAAAAUGGAUGUGAUAUUGUUAUAGGAACUCAAGGACGGGUUGUUCAUUACUUUUUUGGAAUUGAUAACAAAGGUACUAUGGUAAGUUUCUAAUUCAGCGUUUCAUCUUCGAACGUUAGUUAGUAUAUAUGUUUUUUUUGUAUUUGUUUUUGAAAUUAAAGUAACCUUUGGUAAAGAAGGCUUUAAAAUUGCAAACUAUAUUAUUUUAGGCCCACUUGAACUUUAGAAACUUGAGGUGGUUGGUAUUGGAUGAAGUAGAUCGUGUUUUACAAGAUCCCAAUUACAACUCAAUGUUAAAGAAGUUCACGAAGAAGUUUGUAAGUUUAACUUUGCAACAGGGACGUCACUACAGUUAAAUGACAGGGUACAGGAAGGAAGAGGAGAGGGUAGGGGUAAAUCACUCAAAAAUUUUUUUAAUUCCUUAGCCUUCUUCCCUAUAGAAUUAUGUAACAUAUCUCGUGUACUUCAAUAUUUUCAGGCCACACUACCAAACCCGGUUCGAACGAUUAUGUUUUCAGCAACUCUGGACUUGGAAAGCAUUGGAAACAUUUUAAAGGAAGAUCAUUACCGAAUCAUAUGUGGAGACAGUACGUCGCCGGUCGAUACUAUUGUUCAAGCUUUUGUUCAAGUGGUUGGUUUUUUAAAUUUAUUGGUCUUAUAAGUAUGACAGGAUUGGUUUUCUCAUUGAAGUUUUGAUUCAUUCUGUUUUAGAACACCAAAAAAGGACAACACAAAACCGACUAUCUUUUAAGACUAAUGCAGCUUCAAGCUUCUCCAGUCAAAUCGCCCUCUGGCUCCAAGACUCUUCAAGUCCCAAAGACCAUUAUCUACCUAAACAAGAAACGUGUAGCCGAAUACUUGUGUGUAAGGCUUCUAAUGAGUGGAUUCAGAGCUCUACCGUUGAGUGGUGACCUUCCAAUGCACAGAAGGAUAUCAGCUGUAGAAAAGAUGAAGAAUGAUGAAAUUGACGUCUUAAUAGCGACUGAUGUGGCAUCAAGAGGAUUGAACAUACCAAACGUGCAUCAUGUUAUCAACUACGACUUACCAUUGUACAACUUUUUUGAGUACGUUCAUAGGAUUGGAAGGUGCGGCAGAAUGGGCCAUGUUGGACGUGCUACAUCGUUCUACGAUCCGUUCGUUGAUCGGGAAAUUUGCUCUUUUUUGAAACAAGUAUGUGUUGGGGGUGGUAUUUGUAGUGGAGGGUAUUUUCUUCAAAAAAUUUUUAAGUUUUCACCUUUCUUCUCCUCUUUGAAAAAAUAUAUAGAUGUUUUUUGUUAUUUUAAAAUCGGCAAUGAAUAAAAGAUUAACAAUAAUGUAUUCUUCAGGUAUUACUCCAAGUUCACCAACCAGUACCAGAUUUUAUUGAAAAAGCGGCCAAAGAUGUUGACUUGAGUUACAUGGGCGAAUUAUAA